AUGAAGAUCCAGGCUUGCAUCCCUGCUGCACUUGCAGCAAUUCAUAAUUUCAUUCUCAAACACAACCCGCAGGACAAUAUCCCUGAUCUGGCAACUUCAGAUCAGUCUCCAGGGCAGUCAGUGGAUUCUGAACGUGUGGCAGAGCUGCGGCUUGAAGGAGAGCUUGCAACAGAGCGACAGACAUUGGAAGAGUCAGCAGCAGGUGCCACACUCCAAGAUUGUAUUGCAGAUGCAAUGUGGGAGCAAUACCAGCAGAUACUUGUUGAGAGGGCAGCUUGA